AUGGUAACUGUGAUAUCGGUGUUAUUUGUUUGUGCUGCUAAGAGGUGGCACAUCCAUCAAAAAGAUGUGUAUACUGCAUUCUUGCAAGGUGAUCUAUUUGAUGAGAUUUACAUGGAGUUUCCACCAAGAUUUAAGAGCCAUGGGGAGUCACAUGCAGUCUAUGAUAUGCUAGUAACUAGUACUAGCUUACAACUGAUAGAAGAAACGAAGACAGCUUUGCAACAAACCUUCCAGAUAAAGGACUUAGGAGAACUAAAGUAUUUUUUGGGGAUAGAGUUUGCCAGGUCUGAGAAAGGAAUCCUAAUGCAUCAAAGAAUAUAUGCAUUAGAACUCAUCUCAGAACUUGGACUUGGAGCAGCUAAGAUAGCAAAAACACCUUUGGAGAUGAAUGCAAGGUUGAUUACACAGGAGUAUGAUGACCAUCUGAAGACUCAAGAAAGUGCAGAAGAUGAGUUGUUGCUUGAUUUAGGAGCUUAUCAAAGACUAAUCGGGAAGCUGUUGUACCUAACAGUAACAAGACCUGAUCUAGCAUUCUGUGUACAGACCUUGAGUCAGUUUUUACAGCAACCAAAAAGAUCACACAUGGAAGCAACUAUGAGAAUAGUCAGAUAUGUGAAAAACCAUCCUGGCCAAGGAGGGUUACUAUCAAGUAAUAACAAAGGCACACUAGAAGCCUAUUAUGAUGCAGACUAG